UAGUACAGUCCACGUGUGAAAUGUUCAAGGAAUCACGCGUUUUGCCGAAGCCAGACUAUCUGCCUGGGGAGUAGUGCUACGAAGAGUCAAGGUACUACACUGGGGAUAUGGCGUGAUUUUUGGAUUUUAAUUGCAGACGAAAGGCAUGCUACAGAAAGUCAGUCAAUGGCUCCCCGUCUUUUAGGGAACAGACUGACUUCAGAGAUCAGAAGCAGUCAAAACUGUCUUCUUUUGAUUGAUUGGCCAUUAAACCUUGACCUUGAAGAAAGAAAACAGGGAAACUCAGCAGCCAAGACUUCACUUGGGCGAACAAGGCAUGGCAGCGUUCAUGGUAGACAGCCCCUCGGUAAAGUACACAGAUAACUUCAUUGAAUCCGACUACAGCUAUGAGACCACCCGUGUCUGGAGAGGCAAUGGCAGAAUCCGGGUGAUGCCCAUCAGCACACAGGUAAAGUUUCGCACCGAUUGCCGUAAGCCGCGACUGGGCUGCAUGCUGGUGGGAUGGGGAGGCAAUAACGGGACGACUGUCACGGCCGCUGUGAUCGCCAACCAAAAGAAGAUGAGCUGGCACACCAAAGAAGGGAUCCAGCAAGCCAACUUCUAUGGCUCCCUGACCCAGGCAUCGACCUUGUCGCUGGGCAGCGAUGGAGACGGGGAGGUCUACAUCCCCUUCAAAGACAUCUUGCCAAUGGUGGACCCGACUGACAUUCUCUUUGAUGGUUGGGAUAUCUCAUCCAUGAAUCUCGCUGAUGCCAUGGAGCGUGCCCAGGUCCUGGACUAUGAACUCCAGCAGAGGCUCCGCCCUUACAUGAAGCACCUGAAGCCCCGCCCUUCCAUCUACAUUCCGUCCUUCAUUGCAGCAAAUCAGAAGGACCGAGCGGACAAUUUGCUGUCAGGAACCAAAGAAGAAAUGGUUGCAAAACUCCGGCAGGAUAUCCGAGACUUCAAGACGUCCAAGAAACUUGACAAGGUGAUUGUCCUGUGGACAGCCAACACAGAGCGUUUCUGCGCCGUGGAGCCUGGACUCAACUCCACUGCCAAGGAGCUCCUGGACUCCAUCAGCAAGAACGCCAGCGAGAUCUCUCCAUCCACUCUCUUUGCCGUGGCCAGCAUACUGGAAGGGUGUGCCUACAUCAAUGGUUCGCCCCAGAACACGUUUGUUCCUGGCCUCAUCGAGCUUGCCACUCAGAAGGGAGUCAUGAUAGCCGGCGAUGACUUCAAGUCGGGCCAGACUAAAUUCAAGUCUGUGCUCGUAGAUUUUCUUGUCAGUGCUGGUAUCAAGCCUGUCUCUAUUGUCAGCUACAAUCACCUUGGCAACAACGAUGGGAAGAACUUGUCGGCUCCCCAGCAGUUUCGAUCCAAGGAGAUUUCCAAGAGCAGUGUGGUGGAUGACAUGGUUGAGUCCAAUCCCAUCCUGUACCAGGAUAAUGAGAAACCUGACCACUGUGUUGUGAUCAAGUACGUCCCCUACGUCGGAGACAGCAAGCGUGCCUUGGACGAGUACACCUCGGAGAUCAUGAUGGGUGGUAAGAACACAAUCGUGCUCCACAACACCUGCGAGGACUCCUUGCUGGCUAGUCCCAUCAUCCUGGACUUGAUCAUUCUGGCUGAGAUGUGCCAGAGGAUCACUUUCAAAACAGAAAAUGAGCCUGAAUACCAGAGUUUUCAUCCGGUGUUGUCUAUCCUGAGCUACCUGUGCAAAGCUCCCUUGGUUCCCCCAGGAGCCCCAGUGGUGAACGCCUUGUUCAAGCAGCGAGCAUGCAUCGAGAAUAUUUUCAGAGCGUGCGUCGGAUUGCCUCCACAAAGUCACAUGACCCUGGAGGACAAGUGUAGCAGCCUCACACUGGACCGGAAUGGAUUUCUUGAGAAAACCUCAGAGCUGAUUGAUGGGCACAAGAAAGAAUUAACCAAUGGGAGCUCACCUUUGGUGACUGAUGGCAGUGGACAUCUUACAAACGGCACAGCCGUCAAUGGCCAUAUAGGGAAUGGAUAUGCCUUGCAAUAUUAGACAUAUCGGGAAAUCCUUUUUUAAACUUUCUGUUGCCUUGAAUUUUUAGGCUCUUAUUUAUGUUCAUUUCUAUUCCACUUGUAGAAUUCAUAUAUUGAAACUGAUAUUUAUGAAAAUGCCAAUUACAGACCAUUUAUGAACUGAAAUGGCUUGCAAUAUGAAAAAGUUAAACAUUUGUAUUGGUGCAGGUGCCAUGAAUUUUUAUUCCUGCCAAAAGUUUCUUUCUCUAUAAGAUUCUUAUUUAACUCGGUAAUCCACAACUUUUAACACUGAUUUCCACUUAUUUUCAAAAGUCAAAUGAUGAAGAGAUUAAAUCUUCACAGAAGCAGGUUUAACUAGUAUUUGAGGUACUUUGCUUUACUAAUUGAAAGCAUUUGUCAACUGAAGACGACAUAAUACAACCUUUGAGUGUUCAUGGGUGUAGUGGUCAGAACAUACAACUAAUUUUGUAAGGUGACAGAUUUGGUGACCGAGUAGAAGGGGCAUUUAGUCUGUCACUUAAUUCAUUUGUUCUGUUCUAUGGAAUUGUUAGAGUAUGAAGUACAUAUGUGUUUUGCACAAUGUCUGAAACCCUGUAAGUCCGGAUACAAGUUGCUUUACUUUCUCAGGUUAUUGCCGAUUUUUUUUAAACGGAGAGUGAAAUGUGGUGCCUGUUUAAAUGUAGGGUCAAAGUUCAUAAGUUGUUAUGUUAAAUGUAUCAUAUGCACAUACCAAUUUACUGAUGAUCCAACAGUUUUGAUAUGGUGGUCAGUGGACAGUGGGUCCCAGCAGGGUCCAUAGGAAAGUGUCACAUGCAAAUAGUGUGUAUGUUGUCAUCAGUACACGUAUACACGUAGGCCUUGUGUUACGUCUUCCUAAUACCAGCCAUGCUGGCUCGUAGUUUCUACGGUUGGCUGGUUACUUUAGGAUUAUUUAGUCUGCACAUCCAUGUAUUUACAGUAUUUGUUUCAGGUCAGUUAAAAGCACAGAUUAUGAAAGAAGAUUUGAGACUAGUCGAGGUCCAGAGAAGACAAGAGCAUCUAGCAACAUCAAAUAGACUGAGCCAGGAGUGACAGUGUUUAUAUUGGGUGGGUAUGCAGGAGUUUACAGUGUUUAUAUUGGAUGGGUAUGCAGGAGUUUACAGUGUUUAUAUUGGGUGGGUAUGCACCUUUAGUACAUGUACUUUUUUUUCAUAGGUGAGUGAAAAUUAAUGUGCUUGUGGGCCCUGUGCAAACAAAUCCUGACAAGAUCAGUGAAUGCAUGCGUGUACAUUUUAGUGCUCAGCAUUUCUGCACAUAAUGUGAACUGGGAUACCCUGAUGAAGUAAAACGUGUACCCCAAUAUGUUCAAAAGGGCCUGUUUGUUUCACAUGGAUCUGGAUCGGUGAUCCCUACGCUGGUUCACUGUAUCCAUUGGGGGGUUUUAGUGUCAGUGAACCAACGGUGGAUCACUGAUUGAGAUUUAGAUUCGUGUGAUACAAACAGGCCCACAUAUCUAAACACAAAAUCGUAACGGAAAAAAAAGUAAUCUUGAAAUUUAGUUUCAUGUUCAGUGUAAUCCGGUUUUUAUGUUUCCCACCAAAAAACCGUUUGAAAGCUGUCUUUUUUCUACCUGUUUCGGAAAAGUCUUUUUGGAGCAGUAAUUUGUUCUUUGGAUAUAGAUAUACGUGUAUACAUUUAUGUGGUACCUGACUUUGGAACAGGUUCCUGACAUCAAUAGCCAGCUGCUCAGAUACCUGGGUUUCCAUGCAUAGCUUCAGGACACUGGACAUGUUGGACCAAUUUCGUUUCCCUUUCUGGCAUUAUUUUGAGACUGGAAAUCAUUGUCAAAUCCAUCCUAAAAAUGUCAAAUGUAAAAGUCAGAAUAAAUAAAAGAAAACUUUGCCUUGCACGAAAUUUA